ACUCCUCAGAUGUGCAGAUCUUCUUCACCUUGGAUGGCUCGAGGCCAGAGGUGGGGCAGCGAGGGCCCACGGGGGCCAGCAGGAAAUACAGCAGGCCCUUCCUGUUACCUGCUGGCCAGGUGUCCAUCAGAGCUGUGGCCGUCACUGUUGACGGCAGGCAGAGCUCCAUCGUGACCAAGGUCUUCCACGUGGAUCAGCUGGACUCCAGCAGCUCCGUGCAGGAGGAGGAGGAGGGUCUGCAGAACCUCAGGCAGGAAGCAUCUGAUGGCACCCUCAGUUCUGCUGAGAAGGCUGCUGGUUCUUCACUGAGGCCUGCAGAGCCGAGGACCAUGGGAUGGAGCCCUCGUCCACCAGGUCCUCGUUUCCUGAACAGUCGUCCGGGCCCACGGACCGUCCCUGAUGCCUGGACCAGUUCAUCCCAGAGAGCCAGACCUGUGGAUUCACGUGACAGGAAGCAGCUGAGCAGCACGCAGGAACGCUGCGUGCAGAGAGAAACUCACUUCCUGAGGUGUCCUUGCUGUCUCAGCUUGCGUCCUUCAGACCCGUUUGCUCGGUUCUGUGCUGAGUGCGGAGCUGUUGUCCCUCCAUUACCUGGUGAGAGGCUGCCCCCUGCCGAGGGAGGACAGAUGCUGUGCUGUGUCACCUGUAACUCUCUGGUUCCCUCCAACACCUCGACCUGUUUGAUCUGCGAGGCAUCCAUUGGUCCACAGAGGCAGCCCCAGGCCCGCCUUGCUCUACAGGAUCAUCUGCUUUGUGUUUCCUGUGGAAGUGGGAAUCCAGCUCACAUGUCCAGGUGUUUGACCUGUGAGAGUCACCUGCAGCCGAUGAGACGUUGUGAGAUCAGCGCGCCCUCUGUCUGUGCAACAGAUCACAGGAUGCUUACCUGCUCCAGGUGUAAACGUCUGAACCGCAGCGACGCCAGGUUUUGUGACUGGUGCAGCUCCAGGGUGAAGGCCACACAAGCAGCCAGCUGUGUGGAGUGCUGGCGAUGUGGAGCGAGUGGAGAUCCGUACGCCCUUUACUGUGCUACCUGUGGCAUCUUACUUGAAGGGCCAGCCCCGCCCACUUCAUCCAGUGACAUCAGACAACCUGUCAUAAGUGACACCACUGGUCAGGUGAACCCGCCUACCAUGACCCGCUCUACUCAAACUGUAGGACUCUAUUACCCAUCAGCCACUGAGCUGCAGAAGAAGGACCAGCAAAGACCGCUGGUGACCAGAGACCACCGUCCACCACUGACCGCCAUCAGUCCGGGGCGAGGUUUCUGGAGGAAGCAGCUGGAUCACGUAUGUGCUCACCUGAGAAGUUACACACAGAACAACAUCCCCUUCAGGACUCUGCUGGGAGAACCUCGUCUGGGCCGGAUGGCCUCUGCUGUGGUUCAGGAGGAUCCGUAUGAAGUCAGUCUGACCCUCAGUUUCAUGUUGGCCAGACGAAACAACAGGUUGGUUCUGACGGGGACUGUAGUGGACCAGCAGCUUGAACGGUCUGAACCAGCCAGUCCAGCAACGGAGACUCUGAGCAGUGUCACUGAGAGGUUUGCUGUUUCCCAAAGUACCACCAACUAAUUCAGUAUAAACCAAGAAAACCGGGCUUUGUUCGUCAUCCUGGAUGAAUGUGUUUCAGGCUGAACUGGAUCAGAACCAGGUUCAAGUAAUCCUAAAGACCCUCCUGAUGAUGAGGAGGAGUCACUUCAGAUCAGAAAUGUUCUUCAGCCUCUAAAAGAAGUCAGAUUAAAUCGUUUCUGGUUCAGUUCUGGUACCAUGAAGGAAGCGGGUCAAUAAGAAUCCCGAUCUUUUCACAGAAAUUUUUCAUUCAACUGGAGGAAGUUAAGAUUUUAAUAUGAAAAAAAAAAGAAGUUACUCACAUGUUGACACCAAAUGUUUGGACUUGAAAUGAAUUCUUAAAGUAAUAAAAUAGAUGAAGAUAA